AUGCCCAAAUUAACCAAGAGCGACAAACAAGAUUUGAUUUUGACUCAUCUCCGCGCCACUGGAACCUGUCACACGCUCAAAGAUCUAGAGAAGACGCUACCCUCGGUUGCAUCCAUCAAUGGCAUCCAGGUCAAGGAAUACAUUCAAAAUUUGACCGACGAGGGUCAACUACGAGUGGAGAAGAUUGGCAGUGGAAAUUGGUACUGGAGUUUCAGCAGCGACGAAAAGCACGCACGAGAGCAACAGUUGGGCCGAGUGACCAUGGAGGUGGAGAAAGUCCGGAAGUCUUACGCUGAUGUAGUGGCGGCUUUGGCCGCCGAGACCACACGCCGCGCGGAGGAGACGGAUGAGGAAUAUGACAGGGAAUUUCUCACGACUAAAAAGGCCAAGCUCCAAGUGGAAAUCGAUCGGGUACGGACUACAGAGGCCCAACUCUCCGGACCCCUCUCGCUCAGCAACAAGGGUGUCAAGCAGGUCCAAGAGGAAUUAGCGGGGUUUCGACAGCAGGCACUGCAGUGGACUGAUGAUAUCUACAUCCUAGAAACGUACUUGCGCAAACUAGCAGGUGGAGAUCGACAAAUCAUUGAGAGUAUCUUACGUGACUGUUAUGGAGACGAGUACGUGGACGGAGAGGGUCUUUGUGAACUAAGAGGAUAA